AUCUGGAUUCGACCGUUGCUGCUUUGCUGGUUAACGUUUUUUCCCCUUUUUAAAAAUUUCUGAAUUUGGAUCUGUUUUACACUCGUCGUCUCUCUCUCUUCUCUUCUCUUCUCGUCCUCUCUUUCUCUCGCUUAUCUUAGGUCAUCAUCGAUCUCUUCCAUGGGGAUUUCUACAGAGACGCAGCAAAAUGCGGUUUCAGAGGCUGCACAAAAGAGAUGGACUACUAGCGAUUUCGACGUUGGAAAGCCUCUUGGUAGAGGGAAGUUUGGCCAUGUUUAUCUAGCAAGAGAGAAACGGAGCAAUCACAUUGUGGCUCUUAAGGUUCUUUUUAAGACUCAGCUUCAACAAUCUCAAGUUGAGCACCAAUUACGAAGGGAAGUAGAGAUUCAAUCUCAUCUUCGGCAUCCCAAUAUUCUGCGACUCUACGGUUACUUCUAUGAUCAGAAAAGAGUUUAUUUGAUUUUAGAGUAUGCAGCUAGAGGUGAGCUUUAUAAAGAGCUUCAGAAGUGCAAGUACUUCAGCGAACGUCGAGCAGCAACUUAUGUUGCGUCAUUGGCAAGAGCCCUCAUCUAUUGCCAUGGAAAGCACGUUAUUCACAGAGAUAUUAAGCCUGAAAAUCUAUUGAUUGGUGCUCAGGGUGAGCUCAAGAUUGCAGACUUUGGAUGGUCAGUACACACAUUCAACCGCAGAAGGACUAUGUGUGGCACUUUGGAUUACCUUCCGCCUGAGAUGGUCGAAAGCGUAGAACAUGAUGCAAGUGUGGAUAUAUGGAGUCUAGGAAUUCUCUGCUACGAAUUUCUUUAUGGUGUCCCUCCUUUUGAGGCCAGGGAGCAUUCAGAGACAUACAAAAGGAUUGUCCAAGUGGAUCUCAAGUUCCCUCCAAAACCUAUUGUGUCUUCAUAUGCAAAGGACUUGAUUAGCCAGAUGCUGGUUAAGGAGUCUACACAGCGUUUGGCCUUGCACAAGCUUCUUGAACACCCGUGGAUUGUGCAAAACGCAGAUGCGUCGGGCAUCUACAGAGGUUGAAGCUUCAUGCUUCUAUGCAGAGAAGAAAAGACUGCAUUCUUGGCACCACUAAAAGAAAUCUGACCAAUUCAUAGUCCAUAUAUAAAUCUAGCUGUGUUGUACUAUAAUUGUCAACAAAGUUUAUAGCAACAAGAUUCGUAUAACUUUGACACCAAUUAGUUUCGAAUCAUCACGUUUAAAAAAAUCGUUUGGAAUGGUUUCAAACUUACACCAA